AUUUAAUUAUCCAAUUUAGGGUUCAUUCACAUUUCAGGGAAGAGAGCUCUGAAUCUCUCUGCAUCUAUGGAGGCUACGAAAGAAAGAGUUGGCUUGCUCGAUACGAUCCUCCCGCCGGCACUUGCAGACGCCGGUCUCGAGGAUUGUGCUCUGCCGCCGGAAUCUAUUCAGGAAGCAUUUCGCAAAGCCGCUAACGCCGUGAAGUCUCGCGCAGCGUCGAUAUUCGACCACGAGGAGGAAGACGGUUGUUUAGCGGAUCCUAUUCCGGAAACUGCAGACAAGAUUAUCGUUGGAGGAGACAAUGAAAGGGAUACUGGGCCGUGUUUAGCUGGAAAAGGCAUUGAGAAGUUGGCUGAAUCGAAACAGGCCGGAGAUUUGGUGGUGGCUGGCGAAGGAGAAGAAGGGAAGAGCUGCGUUGAUGGUUUGAAGGAUCUAGAUGUUGAAGGUAUUGAGAGAAGCAGUGAGAAGAAGGAUCAGAGUGAUGAAGAUGAAGAAGAGGAGAUGAAACCGAUCUUGGUUGAAGGAUUUGUCUGAGAGUCCUCACAUUGUCAGAAGUGUUCUUCCCUCGUGUAUAUAAAUAAAAAGUAUUAGACUUUUACAGCUUACAAAUCCGUUUGCGUUGCUUCUGUUGAUUGUGCGGUGCUUAAAUGUCUGAACUUUGUCUCCAUUGGCAAUGGUGGCAAAGCUUAUGUAUCGCCUGUAAGACACAAAACUGGAUGAAAUAGGAUUUGGGCCAAUAAAGUAGCUUCUCUCUUGCGAUUUGCUUUUUCUGCGCCUAUUUCACGAACCGUUGAUUCUCUUUUUGCUAUUCAGUUUCAAAUGCAAGAAGAAAGCAGGGCGAAAUGCUAUCGUUGGCAAGUAGUAGCCAUGUCUCUAUUAGGUCUUGCAGAAUCAAAUCCCAAAUUGAAUUGUAUAGUUUGUUGUUACUUGUUAGUGACUGCUCAGCUCUCCUUCUGUCAAACGAAUUCAUAUACAGAUUAAACAUUUGGUGUUAGUAGCUUUUGUGUAAUUCAUAUACAGAACACUGAAAAGAGAAAGAUUGGCUUCUCUCUGUUGUUGAGUUUGCUCUUUAGCAGAAAGGCAAAGAUUGUGCAAUUUAGAAGUUAUGAUAUGUCUGGAUGAAUGUAAAUAACUAAAUAUUACACUGCAAUUCUUCUUGUCUAACAUGUCAUGCUUUAUUAUGUCAUGCU